UGUGUGAAAAAUAUUUCUGUUACCGCCCUCUUGUAACAACGAUAUGUACACCAUCUAGUGUAUAAGGUUCAUAAUAAAAUCUCGUUAGUUUUUUUUCUUGUUUUUCAGCCUGUAUGUGCCACAAAUAAACAUUUUCAACCGUGUGAAUGUUGUAGCGAGUCAGAACGGCCCACGGUUGUGUGUGUGCACACAGAGACAGCUUUGAGUUUAAUAUUGUUCUAGCUGUGCCUUCUUUUUAUUGUGUUGGUGGCUGAUUUUUUUUUCUCGUUCGUCGUUUUUUUGGGUUUUGGUUUUUGGAUUUGUAAUAAUUUUUUUGCUUUUUUUUUUUUUUUUUGGUUUGUUUGCUCUCCACACUGCGUCGCUUGCCCUCGCUUGUUUGAUCAUCAUCAUAAUCGUUGAUCGUUGGUCGUCUUCGAUAGAAAAUUACGACAUAUUUAUUUAUUUUUUCAAAUAUUUAUUUCAAUUUCUGUGUGUAUGUGUUUGAUUAAUUAUAUUCCAUCAUCUUCAUCCUUCAAAUUGAUUUUUUUAAUUUUUUUCUGCAAAAAAUAAAUAAAGCAAAUUCGUUUGAUGAAUAUGACUAUGAAAUCAAUUUCUGAUCAAUCAAAAUAAAAUUUCUUGCAUCAAUUUGUCAAAAAAAAACUAGCAAUCAAUUUUGUAUUCACCUGAAUUUUUCUCAUCAAUAUUAUUAUUCCUGCGCCAAUUACAUAUGCAACAUAUAAGAAUUGAAUUAGAAUAGAUUGAAUUUUUUAUGCAAACAAAAUUCAUUUGAUAUUUUGUGUGUUUGAUGGAUAUUUGGUGUGUGCAUCAUUUGAAUUGUUUAUCGCUUUUUUCGUCUUCUUCAUAACUAACUAAAUGAAAUGAAAUGGAAUAGAAUUCGAUUGAAAAGUUGAUUCGGCCAUUUUGUUACUUUUUUCGCGUACAUCAUCAUCAAUCAUUAAUUUUCUUUGAUGAAAUGUUUAAAAUUUAGCCACACUUUUUUUUACAUGAUAAAACAUUGAUCGACGUUCUACAAUUAUCAUCAUCAUCAUCAUCGAUGAUUCGAAAUCAAUCACUUAUUGAUUAUCAUCAUCAUAGGCUUUGAUUAUUUGAAAUCCAGUCAAAUCAAAAAUUGAUUGUUGUCACUGAUUAUAUACUACAUUCUACAUACGAUAUACGAUAGUCAUAUUUAAUUCAUUAGAUUGUAGACACAAUGUUUUAUUCGGUAUUUGUAUUGGGCAAAAAAGGCCCAUUAGCACGUGUUUGGUUGGCCGCUCAUUGGGAUAAGAAAAUAACGAAAGCACAAAUUCUUGAGACAAAUAUCGUUGAAAGUGUUGAUUCAAUACUUCAGCCAAAAAUUAAAUUAUCAUUGCGAACAUCUUCACAUCUAUUGCUUGGUAUUGUACGAAUAUAUUCGCGUAAAGCAUUAUAUCUAUUACAAGAUUGUCAAGAUGCUGCAUUUAAAAUUAAAUCAGCGUUUCGACCUGGUGUUGUUGAUUUACCGGAUGGUAAAACUGAAGCUGCAAUUAGUGCAAUUACCUUGCCGGAAAUGUUUGAUUUUAUCAACGAUUUUGAUUUGAUGGCUGAACCACAAUUACAUAUGGAAGCACCACCAACAACUACAGCAAAUAUUCGCAAUAUUACAUUGGUUGAAGACAUUAGUUCGCUUCAUGUGGAUGAUCCACUAAUGAUGAAUGAUGUACGUGAUUGGAGUGAAAUUGGAUCAAUUGGUGGUGGAUCCAUAAACAUUAAAGAUUCUGCGGAUCAUACAUUAAACGAUAGUGGUAUAUCAUUGAAAAAUAAUAAUAUCGAUCUUUUCGAUCGUCCUGCAUUGGAUGAUGGUUUUGGUGGACAAUUAGGUGUUGGUAUUGUUGACGAUGUUGAUGCUGAUGAUGUAUUCAAUAUGCCAAUGCCAGACAAUAUGAAUAAAGAUGGUUUGAAUAUCGAGAAUGGCUUAGGAAAUGAAAAAGAUAAUAAUCUAGAAAACAAUGCUGUUGGUGGCGGUGGCCAAUCACAACAUGAUGAACCAAUGGAAAGACCACAUUCAGUUAUGUCGGAUACAAGUGAUCAAAGUUUUGGUGCACCAGCUUCUUUUGGUGGACCAUCAAGUCCGGAUUCAACUUUAGGAGAUAUAGAUCCAUUCAAUUCAAUUGCUGCCGAUAAUACAUUGGUUGGUGAAAAUCAAUUAAAUAAUGAUGAUAUUGCUGCUGAUGCGAAUGGCCAAAAUCAAAAUGAUCAAGCUGAUGCAAAUCAAUUAUCACAAAAUACAAUGGUAUUGGAACCAAUCGAUCCACAAAUCGGUGUAUUGGAUAAAAAACGUAAACGUCGCAAAAAAAUUGGCAUGGUCAUCGAUGAAGUGAAAACCUUAUCCGGUGAAGAAAUGAAAGCACAAUUAUCCGAUACAUCAGACAUUGUUACGAAUUUGGAUCUGGCACCACCGAAUAAGAUGCUUAUGAAUUGGAAGAAAACUGGAUUAAGUGAUAAAUUAUUCACAUUACCAGAAAGAUCAAUAUCAGCUAAAGCAUUAUAUCAUUAUUAUUCAAGGAAUUUAAUUACAAAUCGCUAUGAUGAAAUGAAACAAGAAGAUGAUUUACUUGACGAACGUAACAAUAUUUAUCCAUAUCAACAAAAUGACGAUGAGUUUGUCAGACAAAAUCAUCAUCAAACAUUGAAUGGUAUAUCGGAUCCAAUGAUGGAACCAUUGCAACCAAUUGAUGAAUAUGAACAACAGCAGCAACAACUGCCAUUAGAUUCAUCACCACAACCACCAAGAACACCACGUAUUUCAAUGAAAAACAUGCAAUCACCAGCACCACAACGUAAACGUAAAAAAAUGGAAGAUAAAGAAAAUAAAGAUAUUGGUGGUGGUAGUGCUGUUAAAAGACAACGUGAAAAUUCAAAAUAUGAUUCGAAUAAAUUAAACCAAACAACAACAACAGCAGCAGCAGUAGCAACAAACAACAAUGAAUCAAGAAGUCAAACACCAGCGGCUGUAAUGGAUUCUAGUAAUUUAAUGAUGAUGCACGAUAAUAGUUCAAUACCUGGAUUUCGUGAUCAUACAAUAAGCGGUGGUGAUUUACAUGGUGCUAGCUGGAAUCCAAUCGACAAUAAUCAACAUCAUUAUAAUGGUAAUAAAAAUUUGGAUCCAAAUUUUUUUCAACAAGAUCAACAAUCAGAAGAAAAUAAUGAAGAAGAAGAGGAAGAAGAUGAUAUUUUUGAUUAUGCUGCACCAAUGUCUGUUGGACCGGCAGAAGAAAUGUUGCCGGAUGAAACUGUGGAUCAAUAUGAAGAACGAAUACGAACAAAGCGUUCAAAUCUUUUACUGAAAUAUAUGGCAGUACAACUGGAAGAUAAUGGUCAUAUACAAUUUACUAAUCUUGUUCGUAACAAUAAACGAAAAUUGGUUGCCCAAAAAUUUUAUGCAUUAUUGGUGUUGAAAAAACAGAUGGCUAUUGAAUUAUAUCAAAAUGCUGAAAUGCCAUAUUCAGAAUUGAUUGUAACAAAAGGACAAAAAUAUGAUGAACAUAUGGUAUCGACGACGGUAUCAUGAUUGAAAUUGAUUGUCUUGGAUAAAAAUGGAAUCUCUUUCUCUAUGGAUCUUCCUCAUAUUACACACACACACACACACUCAUAUUGUAUUUCUAUGUAUACAUCGAUUAUUACAUCAGUGGCAACAAUUUUUUUCCUCAUCAUCAUCAUCAUCAUCAUCCAUACAUUUGCAUUACACAAAUGGACAAUUUUUUCU